GGUCCUUUUGCCACAAUGAUAUUGGGGGACUUGGGAGCUGAGGUGAUUAAAGUUGAGAGACCAGGACUGGGUGAUGACACACGGGCCUGGGGACCUCCUUUUGUGGGUGAAGAGAGUGCCUAUUUUCUCAGUGUCAACAGGAACAAAAAGAGCAUUGCUGUAAAUCUUAAAGAUCCUAGAGGGACCAAGAUUAUACGAGAGUUGGCCAGAGUGUGUGAUGUCCUGGUUGAGAACUACCUGCCAGGCAAGUUGGAUGAGAUGGGACUGGGUUACAGAGAUAUCUGUGAAGUUGCUCCUCAGCUGGUCUACUGCUCCAUCUCAGGAUAUGGACAGACAGGACCUCAGUCACAUAAGCCUGGAUAUGACUCCAUUGCAUCUGCAGUUUCUGGGAUGAUGCACAUCACUGGCCCUGAGGAAGGAGAUCCAGUCAGGCCCGGGGUUGCCAUGACCGACUUGGCCACUGGGUUGUACGCCCAUGGGGCCAUACUGGCUGCUUUGCUGCAGAGACAGAAGACAGGAAAAGGUCUUCACGUUGACUGUAACCUUUUGUCUUCUCAGGUGGCUUGUCUGACCCAUAUUGCUGCAAACUACCUUAAUUCUGGCAAGGAGGCAAAGCGAUGGGGAACUGCUCAUGAGAGUAUAGUUCCAUAUCAGGGCUUCAAGACACAAGAUGGACACCUUGUUGUUGCUGCUGGUAACAACCGACAGUUUGUCAAAGUGUGCAAAGUUCUCAACCUGAACCACUUGGCGGACAAUCCCAAAUACAAGACCAACAAGUUAAGAGUCCAGCAUCGAAAGGAACUGCUUCAGAUUCUGUCAGAAAGGUUCUCCAUGGAGCCGACCGGAGAGUGGCUGAGGAGGUUUGAGGGGACUGGCGUUCCCUGUGGCCCUAUCAACAGCAUUCAGCAGGUGUUCUCCGACCCACAGGUUGCACACAAUGGAUUGAUUCUGGAGAUCGACCACCCAACAUCAGGAAGUAUUGCGGUGCCUGGUCCAGCUGUCCGUUUUAGCAGUUUUGAGUUCGACAGACCGCACCCGCCCCCCGUGAUUGGUCAGCACACAGUGGAGGUUCUCAGAAACACUCUUGGAUACAGUGACGAUGCAAUCAGCGACCUGCUUGCCUCCCAGACUGUUACUCAGAACAAGGUCCAGUGA